AUAUUCGAUUCAUAAUGAUCCAAUUCAAAUAUCAAUUUGAUCCGAUAUGGUCUGAUACAGACCAAAUCCUUGCAUAUCCCUACUUCUAUCCGAUUUGCAAAUAAGUCGAACAACGACUUUGUCAUCACGAGUCACAACUUUUGCAGCUUGCUUUUCCAAUGAUCCGAAACGAACGAAAUUAUCCAUAUCAAAAUCCAAGGCAACAAAUCAUCCGUAAUGAGAGCAGUUCAAGUGAGCGAAUUUGUGGUUAAUAACCAUGCAUAACUUGUCACAUCACCAUUUAAGGAAUGCCUCUAAUCUUUCCCUUAUAAGUAAGGCUGGCUAUUUGGUCCCGAACUGUUUGGUUUUACCCGAAAUGGACCGUAUAACCAGGACCGGGACCGGACUGGAAUCGGAUAGCAAACAAUGCAAUCUCAUAUUCGGGCUUAGAUUUGAGGUAAAAAAACCCGGAUAAAGACCGGAUAAGAGACCCCCAACACCUAAAAUCAAGAUAAAAUUGGGACCGGACCGGGUCAAGACCGGACUGUAUCCAAUCCAAUCUUUGGUCCUUAUAUUCCUGAAAAGACCGGACUGGGACCGGAUCAAUUUGGUCCAAUUUAACAGGACCGGACCGUAUAGCCACCCCAGUUAUAAGUAUUAACGGACAAUAUCUCUUUUAUUUUGCACGAAUAAACCACAUUAAUUGUGCAAUUUAAAAUGAUAUCCAGUUUGGCAUAUUUUGGAACAACAAAAUUUGAGACAUUUAGUACUAGUUAGGGAUGGCAAUGGGGCGGGUUUGCUUAAACCAUCCUCAUACCCAUCUUCAAAUACCCAAACCCAUACCUGCCCCAUACCCAUGCGGGGGAAUGUUUUGCAAACCCAUCCCCAUACCCGUGGGUUUCGGGUACCCAUGGGUAAUACCCAUCCCCGUAUAUCCAACAUUAUUAUACCUAAAACUUACAAGAAAAGUUCUCAUUAUAAUUCUAAAAGAACAUAUUAUCAUGAAGUCAAUAAAACACGGUCAUUUUUUAAUAUGGUUCAAAGAUUAUGAUCCUAAAAUAUCCAUUAAUACAUAAUAUAGAGUAUAAUAUUUUUCAAAUUAUUAUGUUCUAACUCUGAUACAUCUACUAAAUAAUAAUUAACUAACAUAAUCUUGUUGACAAGGGGAAAGUGAAAGAGUGAAAUGAGAAUUGAGAGAAAUGAAUUAGAUUUUGAUUAAGGUGGUUAAUCAAUUGCAUUUCUACUAUUUAUUUUCUCAAGUUAUCCUCAUCGUCAUUGAUAGAUUAUAAUUUGAUAUGCAUAUUUUUUUAUAUAUGAAGAAAUUAUCUUGGUGGGGCGGGGGAGGCUAAAACAAUACCCACCCCAUACCCAUCAAACUUUUUGCGGGUUUUACCCAUACCCGCCCCAUACCCGGUCAGAGCGGGGAUUCCCCGCAUUGACUGGGUCGGGGGCGGUCGGAUACCCGCGGCCAUGGGUUUGAUUGCCAUCCCUAGUACUAGUCUAUACCAUGGUGGUAAUUUUUUAUAUUACCACACUGUAUUGAAGUGUACUAUGAUGGUAUGAACAUAUCAUAGUGUAUAUAUGAUGGUUGUAUAUAUAAUAUAAUAGUAUGAAUAUGCAAACUGUCAUUUAUCACAUCAUUAUUGCUUACCACUAGGGAUGGCAAUGGGGCGUGUUUGGGGCGGGUUUGCCUAAACCAUCCCCAUCCCCAUCUUCAAAUACCCAAACCCAUACCCGCCCCAUACCCAUGCGGGAAAUGUUUUGCAAACCCAUCCCCAUACCCGUGGGUUUUGGGUACCCAUGGGUAAUACCCAUCCCCGUACAUCCAACAUUAUUAUUCCUAAAACUUACAAGAAAAGUUUUAAUUAUAACCAUAAACAAACCUAUUAUAUCAUGAAGUCAACAAAACACGAUCAUUUUCUAAAUAAAAUUCAAAGAAUAUGAUCCUAAAACAUCCAUUAAUACAUAAUAUAGACUACAAUAUUUUUUAAAUUAUUAUGCUCUAACUCUUGAUACAUUUACUAAGUAAUAAUUAACUAACAUAAUCUUGUUGUCAGGGGGGAAAGUGAAAGAGUGGAAGGAUAAUUGAGGGAAAUGAAUUAGGUUUUGUUUAAGGUGGUUACUCAAUUGUAUUUCUACUAUUUAUUUUCUCAAGUUAUCAUCAUCAUCAUUGAUAAAUUAUAAUUUAAUCUACAUAUUUUUUGAUAUGUGAAGAAAUUCUCUUGGUUAGCCUCCCCCGCCCCAUACCCAUCAAACUUUUUGCGGGUUUUACCCAUACCCGCCCCAUACCCGGUCAAAGCGGGGAUUCCUCGCGUUGACUGGGUCGGGGGCGGUCGGGUACCCGCAAUCAUGGGUUUGAUUGCCAUCCCUACUUACCACCACUUACCACCCCUAUACCAGGGUGGUAUGAGGUGAUACAUUUUGAUCCUGUAUUUUCCCCCCAAAAGAUUGUAAAUCCAACAGAUCACGAUGAACUCAUUCUUAUUGUGCUCAAAUUUUCAAUAUUCGAGUUAAAAACGAAUGUGGUACCAAGAUGCAUGGCAACGAGUAGUGUGAGUGGGUAUAAAAAAAGUUCGAAAUAUAUUUAUAAUGAAUCUCUUUAUGUAAAUACAAGUUAGGACGAAAAAGAUACGGUAUUUAACUGUGGUCAAAUCCGGUCAGAUCCAGAAAUUCCGGCCAGUUAGACCAGAAACCGGAAUUCAAUGUUACACAUAUUAUAUAAAAAAAUAGGGCUAAUACCACUGAAAAACCCGAACUAUUAACUUUGUGUCAUUUGUGUCCUAAAGUAUUCGAUAUGACAUUUGUGUCCCAAAAAAAUAAACAUCCUCCAUAGAAUUUGAACCAAGUAACCUAUGUUCAUUUUAGUUUCACUUAUACACCACUAGGCUACAAGCAACUUCGUUGUCAUUAUCAACCUUAUAUAUUAUAUAUCUAAUACUAAAUUUUACACAAAUUAUUAUAAAUAUUAAUAAAAUUCAUUUUAUAUAAUUUUAUUUUUAAGCAUCUAAUUAUUUAGUAUUAAUUACCAAUUCUUAGCUAUAAAUUAUUUUUAUGUGAAAUAAUUCUUCUAAUUGAUUUUUCAUGACUAAUUAUUUGGAAUUGAGAAUUUCCAUUUUUCUCGUGUAUUUUAUUAAAACCGGCGCAACCGAUAUGAAUACUAAUUAUACCAUGGUCGGACCAUUCCACUUGCAAAACCGGCAUACCAACGAUUAACCGGUUUGACAACCUAGCAUGAUCCUAUACAUCCGUAACAGGGCCCCUUCCGAUUCCGAUACCGAAAUAAUUAUACGAAAUAAUUAUAUGCACCUACGUACAUCGAACUUUUCUAAAAAUAAAUAUAAACCCGCGUUGAAUUGAUAAUAGAGUAGUCCGAAACCGAUCCGAACACGUACGGGAGGGAUAAGAACACAGUGCCCGCGUGGGAGGAAUCGUCUAUAUAUUUAAUUUACGUAUCCUAAUUAGUCUAGGAUCCUAAUUAGUCUAUAUAUUUACGUAUAAUUAAUCCUAAUUAGUCUACGAUCACAAACAACUACAACCAGAAGAAGAAAGAGUAGGUAUGAGGAAUCGUAUGAUGAUGAGCAGAGAGGUGGGCGCGUGGAGCGAUCUGUGUCCGGAUCUGUUGGAAUCGAUCUACGGCAACCUCCUCAACCCGGUCCACGCCAUGGAAUUCGGGUCCGUAUGCAGGAGCUGGCGCCAAAUCCACGCGUCCCUGCAGGCGCAGCCACGUGGACGGGUCUUCGGGGGCGUCCGGCUCCGAGAAAUCCGCUGCCAGGAGGCCCGCGACAAGUUGCUGCGCGGAGGAGAAGAAGGUUACGAGGUUUACAGCUGGGCCAGCGGGUGGUGGCUUCUGGCGUCCCUGGAGCGCAACGUCUUGGGCUGCUUCAAUGACUUCCUCUCCUGGCCCUCCAGUUUCAUCCCGCUUCCCCCCGGGCUGAAUUUCGGAAGUUUUUCCCGAUUUGACGGGAAUUGCACGAGCAUGCCGAUCAAGGCGGCAUUCUCGGCCCCACCGGCGGCGGAUGGGGACUGGACCAUGCUCAUCCUACACAGCAUCAGCUGUUUCAGCACGUUCCGGCCGGGCCAGGACGAGUGGUGCGGCUACUUAUACCCACACAUACACGACAGAGUUUGCGUGGGGAUUGGGUACAGGGAUCGGAGAUUCUUCUGCCUGUUCAGCACGGGCGAUGUUUUGAUCGUCAAAACUGAUCAUGGUCGUAAUCCCGGCAGCAAUAUGUGCGAGUGGAGGAUGAUGCUGGCUUCCGAACCUAUACUGACGCCCCGAGAUCUGCUGGCUUCUGCGCUGUCGGAUUCUAAUUUCCACGUCGUGCUAUUUAUGUUGGAUGAAUGUGGUGGUGGUCGACGGGUGGUGAUCAGCUGGGAGCGAAGAGAUGACACGGCCUUCUUCCGGCUGCUAAGGGUGGAGAAAGAAUUGUGCGAUGUCAGGGAUGAAGGAAUUGCUAUUUUUGCAGUUGGAGAAAGGUGGAUGCAGGGGGAUGGUCUUCGCGAGAGGCUAGAGGCGGCCGAUUUGGAGAGUGGAGGAAGGACGUCUACUCGUCCGGCAGAGGAGGAAUCAACGGUGGAGAGGAAAACCCGUUCAGCCAAAGGUAAUUCCAUCAUUAGAGUGCUUUCUCGAUGGUUUGCCCGUGGCCUCUAGCAUACCUUGGUAAAGAAGAGCCCGAUUCGAGGUUAAUUACGUUCUUUCCUUUUGUGUGUCUAGAUAUAUGGACUUGCUUAUAAUGGUCAAUCUGAUUUUGAUGGAGAACAACAACUUGUUAAUUAGAAGUUCAUGUAUAUAUGGAAUUGUAAUUAACCAAUCGUAUUAAG